AUGGCUUCUUCUCCACCAGCUUCGCCCCUGGAGCAGUGCCUGGAGCACGGCGGCGACUCGAAUCGAGAAGCCACCGAGAUGGGAGACUAUGCCGAAGUGUUGCGCAGAAGCAGUGUCUACAUUAAUUCUUCUGCACAAGGGCAAGGUGCUGGUGAUACUAUACCGAACGGGGCCUACUUUACGUCUACGCGGAGAUCACUGGCAAAGCUGUGGCACCGACAAGUCAGCGCCACCGUGCCACACGACGCAUGUAGAGAUCAUCUUGCCCUCGAACGCACUUUUCUUGGAUACCUGAGAACCUCGUUGGCUCUGUCAAUGAUUUCUGUGAUCAUUGCUCAGCUUUUCAGGCUUGAACACGCGCAGAAUCCAAAUAAAGUAUUUGGUUACUUUACUUUGAGUCUUCCUUUGGCAUGUGUCUGCAUUGGAGCAGCAAUCGUUGUCCUGCUACUGGGAGCAUAUAGAUUCUGGCGGCAGCAGAACGCUAUCCUGCGGGGGAAGGUGCAUGCGGGAGGUUGGGAGUUGAAUGCGAUUGGCUUGACGAUAGCUUUGCUCGUGCUCACCUUGUUCGUGCUUCUUGUCGCUGUCGACUCAAGGAAGGAUUCUCUGGAUGCAACUUGA